GCGCCCCUCGCCAGGCCGCCCCCAGCCCGGAGGGGUGCCAUGGCGUGGGGCUCCCCCACACCGGCUCCCCCCACCACAGCACCGCUGCUCCCGCUCCAGCUCCCGGUCGCCGCUGCCGCCUGCCCGGCCUCCUCGGGGCCUGUGGGCCCCACAGGCCUCCGCCGUACCCUGGGUGAGGGCCGGGGACCCGCUGUGGCCCCCCGGCGCUGGCCCAAACCCGGCUGCCCUCGCCGGGGUGGGCAGGCAAGGCGGACCCCGGCAGCCCGCCGCGCGCAGGCCGUGCACCCCACUGACUCAGUAACGCUAAUAACGCUAAUAACGUCGCCUUUCCGCCCGCCUCCCUGCCCUCCCGUCACAUUUCUGAGCUUCUCUAAGCCAUGGCCACAGCUGGGAGUGCACCCCCGCUUCCUGAGGGGUUCACAGUCCCUUUUGCAGGCUCCAAGGAAGGAAGCCAAAGAGCUGAAGACGUGGGAUCGCAGGCAGGGCACGGAGGAGCCGCAGAGCCUGCGGGCAGGCGUGUAUCGCAGCCAGCGUUAAAAGCAGCUACAGGGAGAAAAGCCAAGUCCGAGCUGUUCUUGUCAGAAAAUGGCAAGAGACGCGAGGUCCCAGGAAGGAAGCAGGACGGUGUCACUUGGCUGUGCCAGCCGGGGCUGGGUGGAAGGGGGUGGUCACGGAUCCGAUGGCAGAUAAGAUAGCGUAGCUGCUCUGCUGCUGCCACCCCGCACUCCGAGGACUUUUGAGAAUUAAUUGCGGUUUUGGAAGUUUCUGCCAUUUUUAAAUCGGCAAAAUGCCUGCUCCCAUUCCACAGUUGUGGAACUACAUCCCGGAAGAAAUCCUCAUCCAGAUUUUCUAUUACCUUUCCCUUCGAGACAGAUACACAGUCUUCCAGGUUUGCAGAGAAUGGGCUGCAGCUGUUUCUUCUAGCUCUGUGUGGCAUUUCACAGAGAUCAGCUGUGAUUCAGAAGAUGAGGAAGGCAUGCUGCAGAGCCUGCUCCAGUUCCUCAGCCAAAUCAAACACCUGAAGAUUGUGUUUGACCAGUCCAAGGAGGUCAACCGGAGGAAUGUGACACGCAUCUUGGAUGUGCUGGCAAAACAGAACCACAAACUGCAGCAGCUGUGCAUUGUGUGCCAUGGAGAGAACCCCUAUUUCUACUCUGGCCAGGACAUCCUACAGAGCAUACAGAAUAUAUGCGACACGAAAAACCAGAUAGAUCUUCAGCAUAUUGAUUUUCGAAAAAUGCCCUUCACUCUCGACGAUAAGCUGGUCGGACUCUUAGCUACCGCCAACCCAAACUUGCACAGUUUGUUCAUCAACAACCGCACCCUGGUAUGCAACGUGGCACCAGACACCAUCAGGAAAGUUCUCAGAGCGUGUCCCACUCUCUCGGCCUUGGGUGUUUACUAUGCCAGUUUGUCUGACGAUGUGUUCCAGGAGCUGCUCGAGCCUGGAAGAGCAGCUUUCACCCAUUUAGACAUUUUCUGUGAGCGCCUGGACAAGUAUAUACCGGUCAUCUCAGAAGAGCUCUGGGCUGCCGUAAGUCAGAAGCAUCCUCAGCUCUGUGUAGACCUGGAGUUCGAUCAUACGGUCCCUGCCUGCAAAAUACCACGGAUCCUGAAGCUGAACAUACCUGUGAGCACGCUGCAACUGAAUACCUAUAAUUACAUGGUCGAUCAGAUUAGGUUCGUCACCCAGAGCUACAGCAGUACUUUAAAGAAGCUGACGCUGCAAACCACAUCCUCGGAGGGCUUAAAUGCCUCACUAGUCGAUCUGGCUAGGCAGUGCAGAAAUCUGUUGGAGAUCCACUGCUACUGCGUGGUCAGCCAGGAGGUGGUAGAUGCGUUCCUCACGCACUGCCCCGGUCUGAAACGAUACACGCUGAAGGUCACCAAGGAACGGCACCCCUGGAAACCAGUAACGGUUCAGUGACCAGGUUCUUCUGACCUCCUGGGGAAAUCCCUGGGGGUCUGCAGGGGGACGGGGACAGCAGAUUUAGAGCAGAAGGCAAAUGCUGCACAAUGCCCUCCGCACUCACGGAGAACGUGCUGUUUCGCCCUGGCUGUUACGGGCGAUGCGCACCUGUUCUGCAGACCAAGCAUUUACACUCAAAUGUGAUAGAGAAAGGGUUAUACAGAGAAAUAGAAUUGCCCCCUGCCUUUUUUUU